AUGACUCUGUCCAUAUGUUACUUAGCUAGCUCCGAGUCACGCACGAGUUACCCAUGUCCACGUUUUGGUCUGCACAAACGAGCUCUGAAACAGCAACAAUUGCUAGUUGAGCCCAAGAUAGAGCUUAGAUCCGAUUUCAAAAACCCUAAUUCUCUCGACCCAGGUCCGAAUUCCGGUACCCGAUCGAAUCGCCGGAGCUCUAAUUCCGACGACGAUGAUGAGCGGAGAGACAAAAAGCACCGGCUUUUACACGGAUUAAACUCUCACGAAGACCGUCUUAACUCCGAUGCAUCGCCACGGAAAAUUCGUGGAUCUGACGAUACGGGACAAAAGGCUUCGAAAACGACACACAUUCUUCAAAAGUCGGAGUCUGGGCCCGUUACACCAUUGCCAGACAAAAAGUUGCUCUUGUUCAUUCUCGAUAGAGUUCAAAAGAAGGAUACUUAUGGUGUGUACUCUGACCCAGCUGAUCCAGAGGAGCUUCCUGAUUAUCAUGAGAUUAUCAAGAAUCCGAUGGAUUUCAGUACAUUGCGGAAGAAACUAGAAUCCGGUGCAUACGCUACUUUGGAACAAUUUGAGGCAAGUCUUGUGCUUGAAUCUUUCACUAUGCUUCUCACUGAAAACUACCACUUGGCUGAAGACGUGUUUUUAAUAUGUACGAACGCAAUGGAGUACAAUUCAGCAGAUACAGUAUAUCAUCGACAGGCACGAGCUAUGCUUGAGAUAGCUAAAAAGGAUUUUGGAAAUUUAAGACAAGAAAGUGAUGAAGAAGAGCCAGUGUCACUGUCACAACAACCGAAAGUUGUCAAAAGAGGCCGUCCUCCAGGCACGGGCCAUAAGAAACAGCCUGAGCCAUCAACUUUGAUUGACCGUACUACCUCUGAAAUUUCAGCUGAUGUAGCAGCAGCACACAUUCCUGGUGGAGAUAUAUCUAGAUUUUCCGGUGCUUACAAUCUAAGAAAAACGCCUCCUUCUUAUAGAUUCCGACAAGCAGAAACUUCGGUUAGAAUCAACUAUAGUAGCGAGAACCAAAGUGGCUUCUUGAUUGAUUGGGAGAAGGAGUUUCCACCUUCGGUUGUGAAGGCUGUCAAUAAAUACGGGAUGAAGAAUGUCGAUGAGAACAAACGAGAUACCUACAACGAGAUCUCUACUUCGUUGCGAGAAGCUUCAGUAUUUACAACACUUGAUGAUGAUUUAAAGCAGUUAACACCAGUUGGGUUGAAAACUGAAUAUGGUUACGCAAGGAGUCUAGCGCGAUAUGCAGCAAAUCUUGGUCCCGUUGCUUGGCGAUUCGCCGAUAAGAGGAUUGAAACUGUGUUACCAACUGGAACCGAAUUUGGUCCCGGAUGGGUUGGAGAGAAUCCAGAAGCUCCUCCUCUAAUAUCGGGGACGCAAAAGUGUUCGAAUGACUUGGCAUCCGAUGAUCAUCAUCAUUCAAACAGAAUCAUGUCUUUGACCACCUCUGUCUCAAGCUCUAUCAUAGGAAACAAACAUACUACUUCCCAUGAAAGCAAAGAGUCUGCACCAGCUGCUCGCUUGCUGAAUCAAGAAACCGAGAGAAAUGGUCUAGUCCGAGCUCUCAGCGGAUCAAACGAGAUGCAAGGCUUGUUGCCUAACAUAAAACAAGAAUUUAACCGGUUUCCACCUGAUCUCAACGCUAAGCUCAUCUCACCAAACUCACCAGUCUCUAACCUUCAGGCAGGUUCAUCGCAGCAUCCGGAUUUGGCAUUACAGCUCUAA